GGCAUGAGUUUGAUCAUCAUCUGCUGAAGAUGGGUCAAUAUGGGAGAUAUGAAAGCAGUGGUCAGCCAGAAGAGGUUUCUGUAGGUUAACCCACAUUUUAUCCAUUCUUCAAAAUGAGAAGCAAUUAAUUCUACAAUAUCUAACACAAUCGGCUGUUCAUUAACAACAAGUUCUAUUGGUCAAAUCGUAUAUUUCCCUAACACCAACCAUGGUCUGUUCUAGGAUCACUCACUGCAUUGGAGGCAGGUCAAAGAGGAGGCUGAAGAAUGUGAGAUUCAGCAGAGCCAAGGGUCAGCAGUGUCAUUAGGACUUGAAAUGUCCCAGGUUUGUCUAAAGGAGGACCCAAAUGAACAACAACCCUCCUUUGACACAGUUUCAGACACCCAUGGAGUCACAGAACAAGAGCGUGUAUAUAAACGCAUGACAUACAGUGAGGGAAAAAAGUAUUUGAUCCCCUGCUGAUUUUGUACGUUUGCCCACUGACAAAGAAAUGAUCAGUCUAUAAUUUUAAUGGUAGGUUUAUUUGAACAGUGAGAGACAGAAUAACAACAACAAAUAAUCCAGAAAAACGCAUGUCAAAAAUGUUAUAAAUUGAUUUUCAUUUUAAUGAGGGAAGUAAGUAUUUGACCCUCUCUCAAUCAGAAAGAUUUCUGGCUCCCAGGUGUCUUUUAUACAGGUAAUGAGCUGAGAUUAGGAGCACACUCUUAAAGGGAGUGCUCCUAAUCUCAGCUUGUUACCUGUAUAAAAGACACUUGUCCACAGAAGCAAUCAAUCAAUCAGAUUCCAAACUCUCCACCAUGGCCAAGACCAAGGAGCUCUCCAAGGAUGUCAGGGACAAGAUUGUAGACCUACACAAUGCUGGAAUGGGCUACAAGACCAUCGCCAAGCAGCUUGGUGAGAAGGUGACAACAGUUGGUGCGAUUAUUCGCAAAUGGAAGAAACACAAAAUAACUGUCAAUCUCCCUCGGCCUGGGGCUCCAUGCAAGAUCUCACCUCGUGGAGUUGCAAUGAUCAUGAGAACGGUGAGGAAUCAGCCCAGAACUACACGGGAGGAUCUUGUCAAUGAUCUCAAGGCAGCUGGGACCAUCGUCACCAAGAAAACAAUUGGUAACACACUACGCCGUGAAGGACUGAAAUCCUGCAGCGCCCACAAGGUCCCCCUGCUCAAGAAAGUACAUAUACAGGCCUGUCUGAAGUUUGCCAAUGAACAUCUGAAUGAUUCAGAGGAGAACUGGGUGAAAGUGUUGUGGUCAGAUGUGACCAAAAUGGAGCUCUUUGGCAUCAACUCAACUCGCCGUGUUUGGAGGAGGAGGAAUGCUGCCUAUGACCCCAAGAACACCAUCCCCACUGUCAAACAUGGAGGUGGAAACAUUAUGCUUUGGGGGUGUUUUUCUGCUAAGGGGACAGGACAACUUCACCGCAUCAAAGGGACGAUGGACGGGGCCAUGUACCGUCAAAUCUUGGGUGAGAACCUCUUUCCCUCAGCCAGGGCAUUGAAAAUGGGUCAUGGAUAGGUAUUCCAGCAUGACAAUGACCCAAAACACACGGCCAAGGCAACAAAGGAGUGGCUCAAGAAGAAGCACAUUAAGGUCCUGGAGUGGCCUAGCCAGUCUCCAGACCUUAAUCCCAUAGAAAAUCUGUGGAGGGAGCUGAAGAUUCGAGUUGCCAAACGUCAGCCUCAAAACCUUAAUGACUUGGAGAAGAUCUGCAAAGAGGAGUGGGACAAAAUCCCUCCUGAGAUGUGUGCAAACCUGGUGGCCAACUACAAGAAACGUCUGACCUCUGUGAUUGCCAACAAGGGUUUUGCCACCAAGUACUAAGUCAUGUUUUGCAGAGGGGUCAAAUACUUAUUUCCCUCAUUAAAAUGCAAAUCAAUUUAUAACAUUUUUGACAUGGGUUUUUCUGGAUUUUUUGUUGUUAUUCUGUCUCCCACUGUUCAAAUAAACCUACCAUUAAAAUUAUAGACAGAUCAUGUCUUUGUCAGUGGGCAAACGUACAAAAUCAGCAGGGGAUCAAAUACUUUUUUCCCUCACUGUAUCUCAAAGUAAAGGUAAGUAGUUAUAUCCUUAAAUGUGCAAGCCUAGUUACAAGGCACAGUUAUUGUUAGAAAUAAAAUGAUACUGAAUGAAUGAUGUUUUUUCUGUGUCAGGUGCUGCCUUCUCCAGUCCCAGUCAAAGAGGAGUCUGAAGAAUGCUCCCUUCUGCCAGUAGAUGAAGAAGAAGUUGCCUCAAUUACAGUGAAGAAAGAAGAGAAUGAAGACUGGUUGAAGUCAGAAGAUGAGGAUGUUGUGAAAGUGUCAGUGCCUUGGGAGCCGUUGGAAACACCAUCAUCAUCAUGCUCAGAUACAGAGGACAGUGAGAUGGAAAGUGAUAAUGUGCGGGUGAGUUCAAGCAUUUAAUAAUAGACUGAGGGAAAUAGACACACUUUGAGAUGUUUUGUAAGGUUUGUGUGCAUUAUCUCUUUAGUUUUGCCUUUGUCGAUGGGCCUCAUAACAAUAUUUUAUGGAUGCUAUGGAAAAUGUAAUGUUUUUUCUCUACUAGCACAUGGACACAAAAACCCUCAGUAGAAAGAGGCCAAGAACUGCUGAGGCCAUUCUACCACAGGACCCCCUGGAGUCAGAGGUGGAGGACCUAAGUGACUCAGAAGAUGAUGACCUAGAGUACAUUCCAAAACCAGGAGAUCUGGAGGACGAGUCCCCUUCUAAGCUGACAAAAGGAGAUGCUUCCCCACACCCUAAAACUGCAGAGUAUCCUAAGAGAAAGAAGAGAAAAAGCAGAAACGUAAUUAUAUUGGUUCCUACAGACACACAUAACCACAAUCUCGACACAGUUGUAAGCCCAUGUAAUUCUAGCUCCUUCAAAACACAGCCAAGACAUCCGCUUUGGAAGAAGGCCAACAUAGAUUCCUUCCAAGUUCCAGAUCCAGUGUUUGUGGCACCACAGUGUGUUCAAUCCCCCUAUCAAUAUUUCAAGAUGUUUUUCACUGAUCAGAUGAUUGCACACAUUGCUGAGCAGACCAACCUUUACUCUGUUCAACAGACUGGAUCCGCAAUCAACACAAACUCUGGAGAGAUUGAGGAUUUCUUGUCUAUGCUUCUCUACAUGGGUGUUUUUGACUUUCCAACCUUUGUGGACUACUGGCAUUCUGACUCUCGCUUCCCACCCGUGGCUGAUGCCAUGUCUUUGAGAAGGUUCCAGUCCCUCCGCAGGUAUCUUCACUUCAAUGACAACAUGCAAAGUAAUCACAGUCCUGACCGCUUCUACAAGAUCCGACCUCUUUUUAACAUGCUGCGUCAACAGUGUCUCCUCAUACAGCCAACCAACAGGCAGAACAUAGCUGAAGUCAUGGUAGCUUACAAAGGAACCAAAGCAGGAAAUCUUCGUCAUUACAAAUCUAAUCAGCAUGACAAAUUUGGUUUUAGGUUAUUCUCUCGGGGCAGUUCUUCAGGUAUUAUCCAUGACCUGCUACUGUACCAAGGGGAUACAACAUUUCUCAAUACUGGGCUAGAUGAAGACGAACAGAAUCCUUUGCUGGGUACCAAGGUUGUCACUACCCUCUGUACAACUAUUGCAGAGCCAGAGGCUACAGUUGUUUUCUGUGACAACUACCUCAUCAGUUUUGACCUGGUCAAGUCCCUGCAGGCAAGACUGGGAGUGAGGUGUAUUGGCACUGUGAGAGCAAACUGCACAGGUGGAGCAACUGCAAUGGAUGACAAGGAGCUUGCAAAGCUAGGGCGUGGAGCAUACGACUACUGUUCUCAAGAGGGGGUGAUUGCUGUCAGGUGGUUGGACAAAAAGAGUGUCUCAAUACUAAGCAAUGCAUGUGGAAUUGAACCUUUGGGGUCUGUUAGGCGGUUCUGUAGGGAGACCCAUCAAAAUAUUGAUAUCACAUGCCCAUCAGUCAUGUCGGCUUACAUUCAAGCAAAGGAGGGCAUCGAUCUGUCUGAUAUGCUGGUGCGUCUGUACAAGACACCUAUGAAGGCACACCGGUGGUAUCAUCCUCUGUUUGGAUACAUCCUUGAUCUGUGCAUUGCCAAUGGUUGGCUGAUGUACAAGCGGGACUGUGACCUUCUCAACGAAAAACCAGUGCACCUAAAAAGGUUUCGUUUGUCUGUGGCAGGGACACUGAAAGUAGUCAACAAACUCCCAGCCAGGAUUGGCCAACAAUCAGUUCUUCCAAAUCCACACACAACUCCAAAGCGGCGGCACAAUCCCAGAGCCUUACAGCCUACAGCAGAUGUCCGCUAUGACUGCCUUGGACACUGGCCUAUCUUUGGGGAACAGAGAGGAAGGUGCAACCUGUGCGUCAAGGGCGUCUCGAGGUGGAAGUGUUCCAAGUGUGGUGAUGGAAAGUUGUUUUUGUGUCUGAACAACAAGCAACAGUGCUUUGUGUGUUAUCACCAGAAGUGAUCAUUAUCAGAGCAAAUUAAUUGUAUGUUGGAUUUUUGUUACAUAAAAAAAUAUUUAUUAAAAAACAUUACUGUUUUUGUUGUAUUUCUAUUAUAUGGAGGUUUCCGUGAAGUUGAUGUACAACUUAAUUGUUAUCACUGUUUCAACAUUGAUGCUGUUGUUAAUUGUGGCCAUUUUUGCUGUUACUGUGAUGCCUAUAAUGUUGUAUAAUUUGGACUAGCAUGAAGUAAAGGUAACUUUUUUUACUUAUGUUUUACUUAACUUGAACAUGUUUUUGUAUUAUUGUUUCAUAAUGACAUGUACAUUUACUAAGGUUUACUGAAUGAUUAGCAUUUUUGUGUUGUACAAAUAAAAAUGCGCUACUUGUUUCUCA